CAACUUUUAUUUCAAAACAAAAACAAAAACAAAAACCAAAAAGCAAAACAUUUGUUCAUAAAAAUCUUCAUAUUUCUUUGUCAUAAUCACUGCAACAACUUCAUCUCUUUCAUUAGACUUUACUCUUCAACAAAAACAACAUCACACACACUCUUUCAGUUUCAGCAUAACCUUCAGAUUCAUCAAUCUUAAUUCAAGGUUUUAUACCGCGAUUGUGAUACUAGAGACAUCAAAACCACUUAUGUUGCAGCCUAGAUAGCUGAGACCUAUAAUCUUUAGUGUUUAGCGAAGUGGAGGAUACGACGCAGCGGCUUAAGAGGUGAACGUAUAAAAUGGAAGCUACGAGGCGUUGGUUUGGUAAGUUCAGGUCGAAAAAUAAGGAAGCUACAAGCAAGGCGAAAGAAGGGUCAAAACCACCGAUUAAUGAAGAUCCGCCUUCGAAUGCAACCCAACAGAGGGUUGAAGCUGCAAAGCAUUACAUAGAAAAUCAUUAUAAGAAGCAGAUGCAGAGCCUGCAGGAGAGGAAGGAAAGACGUAAUAUGCUAGAAAAGAAAUUGGCUGAUGCUGAAGUUACCGAGGAAGAGCAGAACAAUUUGCUUAAGUAUUUGGAAAAAAAGGAGACAGAGAUCAUGCGCCUUCAGAGACAUAAGAUGGGUGCUGAUGACUUUGAGCCCAUGACUAUGAUUGGGAAGGGUGCGUUUGGAGAGGUUAGAGUCUGCCGGGAGAAGGCAACUGGGCAUGUAUAUGCUAUGAAGAAGCUUAAGAAAUCAGAGAUGCUUCGUAGAGGACAGGUUGAACAUGUCAAAGCAGAGAGGAACCUUCUUGCAGAAGUUGACAGCAAUUGCAUUGUAAAACUUUAUUGUUCCUUUCAAGACGACGAGUAUUUAUAUCUCAUAAUGGAGUAUCUACCUGGUGGAGAUAUGAUGACGUUGCUAAUGCGGAAAGAUAUACUGACUGAAGAUGAAGCUAGGUUCUAUAUCGGGGAGACUGUGCUAGCCAUAGAGUCUAUUCAUAAACAUAACUAUAUUCAUAGAGAUAUCAAGCCUGACAACUUGCUGCUGGAUAGAAGCGGUCACAUGAAAUUGUCAGAUUUUGGAUUAUGUAAGCCGCUUGACUGCACUAACCUUCAAGAAAAAGACUUAUCUGUUGGAAUUAGCAGAAGUGGAGCACUUCAAAGUGACGGACGUCCUUCGGCUCCUAAACGAUCACAACAGGAGCAACUACAGCAUUGGCAGAAAAAUCGCAGAAUGCUGGCCUAUUCUACGGUUGGAACGCCUGAUUAUAUUGCUCCAGAAGUUCUGCUGAAGAGAGGAUAUGGUGUUGAAUGUGAUUGGUGGUCUCUAGGAGCCAUAAUGUAUGAAAUGCUUGUGGGGUAUCCGCCAUUUUAUUCGGAUGAACCAAUGGCAACUUGUAGAAAGAUUGUAAAUUGGAGAACAACUUUAAAAUUUCCAGAAGAAGCUAAACUAUCACCAGAUGCAAAGGAUCUUAUUUGCAGACUCCUAUGUAAUGUGGAGCAGAGGCUGGGAAUCAAAGGAGCUGAUGAAAUAAAGGCUCACGCAUGGUUCAAAGGUGUUGAAUGGGAUAAGUUGUACCAAAUGGAAGCUGCUUUUAUGCCUGAGGUCAAUGACGAACUCGAUACUCAAAAUUUUGAGAAAUUUGAAGAGGCGGACAAGCAAACUGAACCUUCCUCAAAGGCCGGGCCGUGGAGAAAGAUGCUUCCAUCUAAAGAUAUUAACUUUGUUGGUUACACAUACAAGAAUUUAGAAAUUGUGGGUGAAAGUGUAAUACCUGGAAUUGCUGAAUUGAAGAAGAAGACGAAACCGAAAAGGCCAUCUAUUAAGUCCUUAUUUGAGGAUGAAUCGGCUAAGGUUUGUUCUAAUCAAUCUGUUAGAGGGAGCUUCUUAAAUCUGCUACCUCCUCAGAUGGAAGUUCCAGAGAAAAAUGAAUGACAAUGAUCUAAACUAAUACUAUAUAUCUUACAGGUUUUAUAGUAGAGACCAUGACUUCUGAUUUGGGUACAUUCUUUGUUAGUUUGGUUCUGAAAACUUCUGGUUUUUAUGGCUGACUGGGAUAUUUCUUGUGUAGAGUAAUUGUUUAAGGUGUUUAUUCUUUAAUACACCUUUUUGUUAAGCUACAAUAUACUAUUAAAUAUAGUUAAUUUAUUCUUAUUGUAAUUUUUAUUAGUUAAAUGAUGGUCAAAAUAUGCAUUUGCAUAUUCUUUCUUA